AUGAGCGAACCAAUAAAUGUAAAGCAUAAAAUAGGAGAUACAUAUCGAAAGGUGUACUCAUAUUUUAAGCCAAUCACAUACUCGUCUUCAUUUAUUAAAAAUGGGACACUGACCCCAGCGGAGUUUGUGGACGCGGGGGAUUUUCUUGUGUACAAGUUUAGAACAUGGGAGUGGCAAGAUGCAGAUAAAAAUCGGAGAGUUCCCUAUCUACCGGAGGGAAAACAAUUUCUCUUAACGAAAAAUGUGGCAUGCAAACAAAGAAUUAAGGAUUUGAGUUAUAUCAUGCGCGAUGUGAAAACAGUUGAAAACGAUUGGCUACUUCCAAGUUACGAAGAGGAGAACAACGCCACUGACAUAGAUGAGUACAUGCAUCAGAUGAAGACCCCCACCACAAGUGUGCGCAGACAGGAAAAGGCGCCUAACCAGGACGAUGACUCGAUGGAAGAGGAUGACGAAGCCAUUGACAUACAUAACUUUGACGCACACUUUGACCCAAACAUUGACCUUAUUAAGGAAGAUGACCCAGCCGCACUGGACCACGGAGGUCUUUAUUCGUACUGUGGGCAGAAUGAAAACAUUAUGAAAAUACGUACGUACGAUGUGAGCAUAACUUAUGAUAAGUAUUAUGAAACUCCUCGGAUAUGGCUGUUUGGAUAUGACGAGAAUGGGCACCCGCUAAAAUCGGAGGAAAUUUUUGAAGACAUCUCUGCAGAGUACAGCUACGAGACCGUCACUUACGACCCCCACCCGUGCACAGGUGUAAUGACUGCAUCUAUCCACCCAUGCAGACACGCCGAAGCGAUGUUAAGCAUUGUAAAAAAUUGGAUGAGCGAGGGAAAAGAACCGAGGCAUGAUCUGUAUCUCCUAUUUCUUCUGAAGUUCGUCUCUGGUGUGAUACCAACGAUCGAGUAUGAUUUUACAACGGAUGUAGAGCUCCCGAAGGAUGAUAAGCAGUAG